UCCCAAGAAGAGGAAAGGUGAUCGCACCGCGGCAUCUCUGGAUUCACUGCACCGUACCUUCGGUCCCUCAGAUAGUCGUAAACCACAACCGGGAAAAGUCAAGAUCACAACCUGAUCCUCACCCCUGGAGUUCCCAACCAGGAACCACAGGACUUGAAGUAAUCAAUCUUUCCUCUGAACCUCUAACUGCAGAGCAGGUUCAUGUUCUUAGUUUAGGUUUAACCUUUUGUCGUUCAAUAGACAUGGAUAGAUUUCAACUAAUCAAGGAUACACAUCUGUUUGCCAGACGUCUUUUAUUUAAAGUUUUGUAUGAUAAGCCCCAACAAUCUGAUAAUGAUGAUUUUUUCCUUAUGGAUUAUACGGAAUUGGAACUUCGGGCUAUGGACGACCUGAUGUGUCUAUGGGAGGAGGGUAACACAGGUGAUGACAUCUUACCUAUGUCAUCGGGAGUUAUCGUCCCGGGUGUUACCUUUCCCUUCCUUACAAACCAAUCCCAACCUCUGAGCCUUUGUUCAGCAGGUGACUAAUGAAAUAAAAAAUAUGGAUCUGGCCAAUAGAACUAACAAAAACUUGUCUUCAGCUCUACUUAAAGCUUUAUCUGACCUACAAAACCACCCGAACUUAGUCAUAAAGCCAGCUGAUAAGGGUGGAAAUGUGGUUGUCAUGGAUGUCGGGGCAUAUGAAUCUAUGUGCCUCGACAUCCUUGACAACAAAGACUGGUAUAGACCCAUUUCUAGGACACUGAUUGACAACUUUAUGAAAGAGUACAUCAAUUUAAUUUUUGGAGCUUACCAGAGAGGCACUAUUGAUUUGAGCACUUGGAAUUUCUUAAAUGUUAAGGAAUCUAGAAUUCCAACAUUCUACGCCUUCCCUAAAGUACAUAAGUCUCUUGAACAUCCUCCAGGAUGACCUAUCGUCUCUGGAUGUCAGGGUCUGACCGAGAAUGCCAGCGCUUUGAUAGACAGAUAUUUGCUUCCCCAUGUGAUUUAUCUUCCCUCCUAUGUUAAGGAUACGAUCAAUUUACUUCAAACUAUUGAUGGAAAAUCCAUCCCUCCGGGGGCUUGGCUGGUGGCUCUCAAUGUAGAGAGCCUUUAUAAUUCUAUACCACAUGCGAGGGGUUUGGAGGUCAUUUCCAUCCAGCUCAAAGCAUGUGGUAUUACCUUUGAUUCAUACAAUGAGUUUGUUUUAAAUUUAUUGGAAUUUAUUUUGACCCGGAACGUAUUCAUGUUUGGCUCCUCCCACUUCCUCCAGAUACAGGGUGUAGCUAUGGAGACUAAGUGUGCCCCCAGCUAUGCUAACCUGUAUCUGGGGGGGUGGGAGAAGGAGAUUUUUUCAGAUUGUCGCUUGUCUAGCCUGCUCUCGAAUGUCAUAGCAUGGCAUAGAUAUAUAGACGACAUUCUUAUCUUUUGGUCUGGUACCAGGAAUGAGCUCACACAGCUAAUGGACUUGUUGGCAAUUAACUCUUACAAUCUAAGGUUCACUAUGGAGUGUAGCCAGUCCAUGGUGAGCUAUCUAGACCUACGGAUCCAUGUCGACCCGACUGGUCGCCUGCACUCGUCCCUAUAUCGCAAGCCCUCAGCGGGUAAUACCAUUCUUCAUGUGACCAGCGCACAUCCUGAACCUCUCCUAGGCAGUAUCCCAUAUAGUCAGUUUCUCAGACUCAAGAGAAACUGUACUAGGGACACGGACUUUCACAUUACAGCUAACGAACUGUACUUGAGAUUACAUUCCCGAGGUUACAGUCGAUCUCUGCUCAAACGUUCCUUCAAUAAGGUCAUCAAAUUGGAUCGAAAUGCCCUUAUCCACUCUACAACAAAAAAACAUAAGGAUACUUAUGUUAGAAUUGUAACGCAAUUUUCCCAACAACAUGUGCAAAUGAGAGGGAUCUUCAAAAAGUUCUGGCCCUUGCUCACAGCUGACAGCACUAUUACAAAAUAUGUUAAACCCUACCCGGAAAUCACCUUCAAGCGAACACCCUCUUUAAGGGACCGUCUUGUAACAAGUCACCACACACGUAGGGAUAUUCAGAUGUCCAUCUCUACGGGAACUUUUCCCUGUGGACACUGUGACAUUUGCCCCUUCAUCAGCAAUAACAAUGUCACUUUUUUACCAAAUGGUAAAACCCAUAAACCCAAAUUUCGGAUUACGUGUCAAUCUAUAGGUGUUGUUUACUUGGCUAGUUGCCAAUGUGGGUGUUUUUACGUUGGCAAAACUAAAAGGCCCUUUCUGAAAUGUAUUAAAGAUCACGUUAACCCGUUGUAUAAAUGCCUGAUGACUACUGCCCUCAACAGACAUGUAGGUUGCUUACAUGACUUUGAUGUUAACUCUAUCAGUUUUGCAGCAUUGGAACAUGUAUCCCUGCAUGUCCGCGGCGGAGGUAUUGAUCAGACCUUGUUGCAGCUUGAAACCAAGUAGAUACAUCUACUUGAUGCCGUUAAAUUUCCUGGUUUGAAUGAGUAUAUUCG